UUAAAUACAAGUUAAUUAUAGCUCGACACGAUGAUCUUUCUGCAGCUCUGGUGGACGCUGAUGGUGCUGACUGGCAGCUCCCAUACGGAGCCAUCGAAACAGUCAGCGGCAGACGCGUGCAGCGAGGAGCUGAGCAAUUUCCAUGCUGCCGUAAAUGAGGCGCGCGAUCAGCUGCAGGAAAUACACUCGAGCUAUGGACAGGUGCACAACGCCGAUGUGUAUCGACAGCGGCGCAAUAGCAUCGAUGAAUUGCUGGCGAGCUUUGCUCAGGCAGGCGAUAAGGCAGCCGCUGAGCGGAAGGAUAGCAAUAAGGCGAAGCCAGAGACGGCGGAUGAUUGGCUGCGUGACUUUGAGGCAAGCAUGGCGCAGGAGCAACCAGCAGAAGCAGAAGCAGCCGCAGCAGAUGAAACAGCAGCAGCAGCAGCAGAAGAUGCUGCAGCAGUGAAAGCAGAACCUGCUGACAAAUACCAGCGCGCCGCAGGCAAGGCCAAAUCCAUGGAUCACAUUAGCUCGUAUAGCAAGGGCUUCGAUCAAACCGAGGUGGGCAAGGUGAAGAAGAAGUACAAGGAGCUAACGGAUGAGAAUCUGCCCGUCAGCCAUCUGCCGAACAAGCCGCAAUUCGAUUUCCUCAGCGGUGGCGCCACCGAGCUGGACAUUAAGCUGCGCCACAUGCAACAGCAACUGGAAAAUCAUGAGCUACAGCAAAGUCGAGACAGUAAAAAGGAUCCCAAGCCGGACAUAGAGAAGGGCCUGAAGGACUAUGGCAAUGAUAUUGUGCCCAAUGGGGCCUAUGAGCAGACGCUCAUACGCCUACAAUUUCCACGCCUCAAUCCCAAUAAUCUGUCGCACGAGGCGAACUAUAAGCUGUCCAAAAUCGAGCAGGAGGCGGCCGAGCAGGCCAACAAGGUGCGUUUUCCCGCUGGGCUGAAGAAGCGCAGCUCCAAUGGCGGCUUCAAUCCCAUGAACGAGAUCAAGCUGAAGACGAGCAACAGGCUGAUGCUAAAGGGCAUGGGUCCCUCGCUGCCCAGCAAUUCGCUCUCUGAUACGCUGCGUGCGCACUAUGUGAAUGAUAUAAUCACGCAGCGUGAGCUGAGAAUGGAGCGCGAGCGCGAGAAGGAGCGAAAGCAGGAGCAGCAGGAGAACGAGGAGCAAGCGGGUGUCAUGCGCUUGCCAUAUGAAUCGCUCAGCUCGAUCGAGGACAGCUCCAUUCGUGGCCUUGGUGCUGAUAGCAGAGCUAGCUCCGAUUUGGAUGUCUCCAGUAUGCAUCUGUUGGACACGCCGCAGAGCUACGACUAUCGCAUGCCCCACUUUGAUCAGUUCCCGGCGUCAAGACAGCGCAUCUUGCCCAAUCUGCGGGACUAUGCGCAUGCGAAUAGCAAACUGAAUUUGGGACGGGAGGGCGAACGCUACAAGCGCCAGCCGGAGACGCAGGCGCAAGCGGAGCUCAAGUUCGCAGAAACUGAGAGCGAGGCGAGCAUGGAGCAAACUGACGCGGCCUUAGGCGGUGGCAAAGGCAAGAGCAACGAUAAGCUGCCAGAGGCAGAGGCCAUAAUGGCCAGACUCUCAGCACCGGAGCCUGCCAUCGCCGAUAAAGUGGAGGCCAAACUGAAGGCAACUGAGGCAAAAAUGGAGAGCCAAGGCGCAGCUCAGCUCAAACCAAAUCAAGAAGCUCAAAUCGCAACGCUCCAAGCCGAAGCUGCUCAAACCAAUAAGCAGUCCACGCAUCAGGAGCAGGUCGAUGCCUCAGCGGAUGCUCAACAGUCGCAAUCUGUGAAUGAGAAUGCCAAGCAGAAUGAAAUCAACGAAGCGCACUCACAGAUGCUCUCCAAGGCAAAGUCUGUGGAUGAGAAGGACAAGGAAAUCAUGCGGAAUGAAGAGAACUCUCUGAAGACAAAGACCAAGCGCGAAGAGUUGUCGGAGCUGCAUGGCAUGUGCAAGACUCAUCCGGAUGCUGUGAUCAAGCUGCUGGCGAAUAAGAUCUCGCAGCAUGAGAAGGAGCGCGAUAAACGCAAUAUCAAGCGGAGGAACAGGAAACGAGGGCUACGCCAAAAACCCAACCGCAACGGUGGCAAGCGACGCAGCAAGCGCUCCGUGGAGACAGAGCCACAGGCAAUGCCAGAGCCACGUGCUCAGGGCGAAGAGCAAUCUCAAUCCGUUCUUCAAUCGGAAGCAGAGUCAAAAGAUCAGACAGAGACACAGGCAAAGAUGCAUUCCGAACUGGAGCUACAAACAGAGGGACUGCAAUCUGAUUCACAAUCCGAUUCAGAGUUACAGAGUCUAUCAAACACCAAGUCGAAAAGAGAGAAAAGAUCCCAGAGCUACCACGAUUUGGACUCAGCCGAGGCUUAUUCACAAUCCCAUUCAGAGGUGAAGGCUCCGUUGGAUAGAGAGAAAAGAUCCAGGCGCUACUCUGAAAUGGAGGGACAGUCAGAGCUACAGUCGGACUCACAGCUAGACAACCAGUUGAGAGCUAAAAGAAAUCAUGACUCCAUGUUAGAGCUACAGUCCGAGGCACAGUCAGAAGGCUUAUCAGAGAUUCAGUCGGACUCACAGCUAGAGUCACAUGCGAUUUCCAAAAGAGAUAAAAAGUCGGAGCGAGAUGCGGAUAUACAAAUAGAACAGCCUUCCCAUGCAGAUGCACGAAAUAUGUUCGAUUCCCGUUCGGAGCUCUUCAUGUCGCCAUCUCAGUCCCAGUCGGACUCACAAACCGGAUCCCAAUCAGACUCGGAGUAUUCUCCACUAAUCCAACCGAAAUUGGAGUUACAGCCAUGGCUAAAUAUAAUGGAUAGUCCAUCGAAAGCCUUAGAUGACUUCGAGGAUCACAAUGGCAAUCGUUUGCAUUACGGAAACCUGGGCAACGAUCUGUAUCUGGAUGCAGCUAAGAUUGCGGAGGACAAUGGUGACGAUGAUCUGGCCUAUGAGAGAUCCCGGUUGUCCAGUUUCAAGGGCGAUGACCUGACACAGGAUUCGGGCGCAGUGGACACCAAUAUCUUCACCAAUCCACGCUACCAGCCACAGCAGCUGCAACAGUUGCAGCAGUGCCAGCCGCAAGUGGUGCAGCGACAACAGCCGCAGCUGGCACAACAAUUCCAUAAUCAGCUGCUGUCCAACAACUUGAAGUCAAAUCUGAACUUUACGAAUCUGUUCAAUGAGCUGGUCAAGCUGCAGAAGCCGCAGCAGCAGCAGCAGAUAUCACAGUUGCAGCAGCAACAGUCGCAGUUGCAUCAGCAGCAGCCGCAGCAGCAGCCACAUCAGACAAAUUUAGAAUCCAAUCACAUGAAGCCUUUGUAUGGCGUGCAUCGUCACUUUGGAACGUCCGCUAAUAAGGCCAACAAGCUGAAUCUUAUGAAUGAUCCGUGUGUGCCAACAAGCAAAGUAACAACCGAACCAUCGACAGAGACAACAGCAACAGAGACAACAACAACAGAGACAACAACAACGACAACAACAGCAACAGCAUCAACUGCAGCAACAACAACAGCAGCUCCUCCUGCUGCUGCUGCUCCUGCUGCUGCUGGCAGCACCAUGAAUCCCGAUUGUGUGCCUAUUCCAACAGAGAGCACAACUUCACGCCCUCAGGCCAGCCCAGCAGCACCCGAUGUCGCAGUCGACAAUAAUAAUAUCUGCAAUAGGCCCGAUGCCGUAAAGCUGAAUGUGUCGCUGAAUGCGAAUGUGUGCACAGAUCCGAAAACGAAUCAAUUCAUUAGCAACGGUACGAUUAGUGUGCAGCCGAGCGGUCAGCGUUUCAGUGCAUCCUCACUUGUGGACGAGGACUAUGUGAGUUUGGAUAGAGACGAGCGCUAUUCACGCGAGGCCAUGGACCGGAACGAAGACGCCAAGCAGCGUCGUCAGGAUCGACACAAAAAGAAAACCAAGAAAAAGGAGAAAAAGGCAAAAAAAGGUGAUGCUAAAGAUGAUAAUGUCAAGAACAACUCAAACUCUACUUUGAGCUCUCCGAGCAACUCUUCGGGCAUACACGUGGAUGUGAAUGAGCCGUAUAGCGAGCACUACGGCAAGCUCGUCUCUGGCAAGUUGUCCGAUGAUAUAGUCCAUACUGUCUUCGAUAUGGUCAGCAAUGAUCCGAGCAUGGAUUCAUUGGUGGCAGUGCUGGCCAAGAAUCGUAAAUGCGCUGUGAAGGCGCCCAAGAAUUUCUAUCAGAUACGCAACAAUCUGAAUGAGAAGCAACUGCAGGAGACGGAGUAUAUGGUGCGUCGCACUAUGGAGACGAUAAGCGAUCUAAUUGAUAAGCAAAUGCAAAUAAAGAACUGCAUGCCAUUGCGUCCCGAUCUGGUGGAGUUCUACAAUCUGAUCAUGAAAAAUAUGGCCGAGCAGCAAAAGACGCGCGAUAAACGUGAGGCGAAUCUGCGACUGCUUGCCCAAAGCAACGAGCAGGCGGAGCACAUUUUGGAGCCAGCGAACAUUGAGCAAAAGUCACGCACUGUCAAGAAGCUGCUGCGAGAGUUCGAGCAGCUGCCUCUCGAGCAGCAGAGGCAGGCGGCCGAUGUGCGGGAUGAGCUGCUCCUGGAUCUCAUCUAUUUGCGUAAAAUGUCCGAUACGCUGGAGCGGAAGCAGCGCGAAGCUCAGCUGGACGGGCUGCUGCACAAGGCCAUCGCUACGGAGGACGCGGAGACAAUACACCCGGAGUUCACGCCACGCUUCAUCAAGCUGUUCAAGACAGCAGAGAUCUUCAAGGAGGUGGGCGAGCAGCAGGCCAGGUCUUUUGUAGGUCUUUGAGAGGGAGCUGGGUUCAGGUAUCUAAAGGAAAUAUAUGUAUGUCUUUUGUUGUGAG